CUUUCCCUCUUUCCUUCCACCGAGAGCAAAAACCUAAAAAUGGUCGUUUGAUUCUCUCUCUCUCUCCCUCUCCGUUCAAAAAUGCGCCGGCACAAGCGAUGGCCUUUGAGGCCUCUCGCCUGCAGCUUCAGCUCCUCAGCGGCGGAGACAGUUACUACUUCAACGGCUGCUUCGGCGACGGCGGCUUUUCCGUUAAAGCAUGUGACGAGGUCGAACUUCGAGACGACACUGAAUGAUCUGCGUUCACUCGUAAAGGCUGCGGAUUUCGUGGCGAUUGACCUUGAGAUGACUGGUGUGACAAGCGCUCCGUGGCGUGACUCCUUAGAGUUCGACCGCUACGACGUCAGAUACCUCAAAGUCAAAGACUCCGCCGAGAAAUUCGCCGUCGUUCAGUUCGGUGUCUGUCCCUUUCGCUGGGAUUCUCGAACUCAGUCAUUCGUUUCUCACCCGCACAAUUUCUUUGUAUUUCCUCGUCAAGAGCUCACAUUUGAUCCACCAGCUCAUGAAUUUCUCUGUCAGACAACAUCAAUGGAUUUUCUUGCCAAGUAUCAGUUUGAUUUCAAUACCUGCAUACAUGAAGGAAUAUCUUAUUUGUCCAGACGACAAGAGGAAGAGGCAAGUAAGCGUUUGGAAAUGCUACAUGGCGAGGAGGGAAUUGUUUCAUCCGGUGAAACUGAAGAUUUAAAGUUGGUGCGUUUGGCAGAUACUCUUUUCGCUGUAAGGAUGGAGAAAAUGCUGAAUGAAUGGCGCUCUGGCCUGUUACAUGGUGGGAAUGCGUCCUCUGAGUUUCCGAGGAUCUCAAAUGGUUCGACUCAGAGUAUGGAAACUGUGUUUCACCAUAUGCGUCCAGCUCUCAGUCUGAAGGGUUUCACUUCUCAUCAGCUCAGAGUUCUUAACUCGGUUUUAGGAAAGCAUUUUGGAGAUCUUGUUUACAUACAUUCAAAUGAUAAAGAUUCCUGUUCACAAGGCUUUGUUGUGUAUACUGAUUCAGAAUCCGACAAGGAAAAUCUCAUGAAGGAGGCAAAGGAUGAACGCAAGAGAUUGGCGGAAAGAAAAAUACAAUCUGCAAUCGGGUUCCGUCAAGUGAUUGAUCUGCUUGCUUCAGAGAAAAAGUUGAUUGUUGGUCACAAUUGUUUCCUCGAUAUUGCACAUGUAUACAGCAAAUUUGUGGGUCCUCUUCCUUCAACAGCUGAGAAAUUCGUCGCCUCCAUUAACAGUCACUUUCCUUACAUUGUUGACACCAAAAUACUCUUAAACGUGAAUCCAAUGUUGCAUCAGCGGAUGAAAAAGUCCAGUACAUCACUAUCUUCUGCGUUUUCCUCGUUAUGUCCGCAAAUCGAGUUUUCUUCAAGAAGCUCUGACUCGUUUCUUCAGCAGCGUGUCAAUAUUGAUGUUGAGAUAGACAACGUUAGGUGUUCUAACUGGAAUGCAGGAGGAAAGCACGAAGCUGGUUAUGAUGCUUUCAUGACAGGUUGCAUCUUUGCGCAGGCAUGCAAUCAUCUCGGUUUCGACUUCAAACAGCAUUCGCAAUUAGAUAACUUUGCCCAGAACGAGAAACUUGAAAAGUACAUCAACCGUCUUUAUCUCAGCUGGACAAGAGGUGAUAUCAUCAACCUUCGAACAGGCCAUAGUAAUGCAGAUAACUGGCGAGUCUCAAAGUUCAAAUACGAGAACAUUGUCCUCAUCUGGAACUUCCCACGAAAACUUAAGGCUAGAGAGAUCAAAGAAUGCAUAUGCAAAGCCUUUGGCUCUGCUUCUGUCACCUCUGUCUACCACGUGGACGACUCUGCGGUUUUUGUCUUGUUUAAGAAUUCAGAACUCGUCUGGGACUUCUUAACGCUCAAGCGGCAGCUGGAGUCAAGCGACGGUCCAGUUUCGGUUCUUCACCCUCUAUCCAAGAUCCUCGAAGGAGGAAACACUGGAGCUGCAGACUACGAAGCUUACAAAGAAAUUUGCAGCUCAAACAUCUCAAAGAUCCUAUUCUCUGACCAAGCUGAAACAGUUGGUGUCAAAUCAAGAACAAGACCGGACCCACAAGGCGAGACUCAGAGAAGAGAGGAGAACACAGUCGCUGUGACUCACAAAGCAUCGGAUUUGAUUGAUGCGUUUUUAGCCAAUAGAGAGGAAGUCGAAACUGCUACGACUAAUUAACUAAGCCAUCUAACAUAUGUUUUUGUCAACGUGAAACGCAAUAAUUUAAUACGAGAUCAUUUGUUUGCAUGACCAAAAUUUUGAAAAAGAAACAUGAAAUAUGUUCGGAUAAA